AUGCUCACACCACUGGAGCGUGGCAAGGACUUGGAGCAGAAGGUGAUCAAGCUGAGGGGUGAGUGCGGUAAUCUCCAAUGUCAAAUGCAAACGCUGGAGUUUGGACAUGGACUGGCAAAGGAGCUUGGAAAGUAUGAGAAGGAAUUUGAGUCACUAUACCACAAGCUUCGCAGAUUGACUGCUGGUGAUAUCCAAGAAGAAGAUCAAUAUCUGCCAUUGGUACGGGACUUUUUGCGGCUGAGUAAGGAAUAUGAUGCGCCAAAGCAAGCUGCUCAAAGCAUGGCCAAAGGCAUCAAGAGCAAACGGCCUAGUACUGGCGGUGGACCUGCUAAAAGGGCCAAGAAGUGA